UAAUUUCUUUAUAUGUCAAUUGGCUUAAGGAAGACAGUUCAGUUUCAGUUGUUAUAUUGUACUUUAUAAUGUGGUUUAUUUUAGUUUCGUUGGACUAAAUGGAUAGCGUUGCUAGCGCCCAAAACGUUACGACCAACGAAUUCAGGAAUAAUCUAAUAUUUAUUUUAACUGUUUAUAUACCAUUGGAUUUCGUAAUAAUUUGUGGAAAUGCAUUUGUCCUUUAUGUCAUUCGCCGAACUCCAAGCUUACAGGAGCCCCAGUUUACAUUGCUUGCUAGCUUAGCAUUGGUGGACCUACUCACUGGAAUCAUCGGCGUGCCUAUGUUCAUGUGGGCCUGUAUCCUGCGAGGAUCCCUCUACCUACAGAACAUCGAUGACUGCGAGUUACAAUACAUUCCUAUGAAAAUAUUCAUGGUUACAUCGUUUCUGCACCUUCUGUUUAUUACUACGGACCGGUACGUUUCUAUACUGAAACCUCUAAGGUAUGGCCAAAUUGUUACUCGUACUCGAGUUUAUUGUGCUAUCGGUAUCUCCUGGAUUACAGGAUGCUGGUAUGGCAGUGUCCAAUUGUUCUGGAAAAGCGAAAGAAUUGACCCAAUAUUCUUUUGCUAUCAGAUGAAUCGCAGAGGAAUUACUGUUCAACGUUAUACAGAUUUAGUAAUGGUUCCAACGGCGGUUAUUUUAUUGAUUAUUAUGUACUUCCGCAUUUUCAGGGAGGCAAGGAAGUUUAGAAAAUGCAUAAAAACUCAAAACACUGCAGUCGCCCCACGAAAAAACUUUAAGAAAUUUAAAGGAGCUAAAACGAGCGCCAUGAUUGUCUGCUUAUUUGGUGUUGCCUAUUUACCUCAUUCUCUACGAAUCGUUAUCUUUUCACUUGGGAUUCAACGUUCUGAUAUAUACUGGUACGAUCUAAUGGCUGAAAUGGUUUUAUCUAUGAGUUCGGCGAUUAAUCCUUUCAUCUACGUAUUCCGUCAUAGGCAAUUCGUUUCUGUUCUAAACCGUCUGUUCCGGCGAAACAACAAUAGGCCUAUUAAACAAGAACAGAAAUGUAAUAAUUGAUUUUCAGUAAUUUCCAUUUGAUUGUUUUUUAUAAUUAGCCUGAACAUUAUAGUUUUCAAAAUAUAUCAAAUGGUUUGAUAAACGUUCAAAACGAUCCAAGUAGGCUAGUAGUUAUAUAUUUUAAUGAACUUCCCGUUUUGAAAUAUAUAUAUAUAUAUAUAUAUAUAUAUAUAUAUAUAUAUUUAAAUUAGGUAUAGGUCUAAUGAUCUCUUUAUUAAUUCAACUAUUAGUCUUUCUGUAGUGCAGUUAUUGCUUAGUGGUUAAAAAUCUUGCCGCCCAAUCCCGGUGUCGGUAACAUUCAGUAUAUAUUUCGCUCGACUUCAAAUAACUUCAAAUGUAUAAGCCCGAUAAUAGGCCUAUGAAAAUUUAAUUGCAUUAAAAAAAAUAAAAUGUUUGCUUAACUCUGGUUUCCAUAAAAGAGCCACUGUCGCUAUAGUGUUUUCGCUGCAUUUGCACUACGUACCUGUUCCCGACGACGCAAUCGGGAAGGCUACCGAUUCGGCCGACAAUCCGUGUCACCAAAAGCUGUCGGCGAUAGAGUGUAGCGAUUUAUGGAAAACAACAGACACAAUAAUAUAGUUAUUGAAAGAACAGAAAAAUUAUUACCGGUAUUUAUUUUUAUGGGACUUACUUCAUAAAUUUGUUUUAUAAGGCCAAUAGAAUGUUCCAAUGACUUUAACUGCUGUUCAUAUUGUAUACGAAUACAAGGAAUAAUGCAAAGAACUUGUCUGAACACCAAUCCUAUGCAUUACAAUGACCUGCCGCUGAAAUUGGAUGGAGCGAUGUACCUACUACGUCAUCACAAAUUUGUUUGAGAGCGCGUCGUCACAAACGCACACGAGAUUCGUAAAAUAAUUGGAUAAUUAUGUACAUGAUUAUGCUAAAUCAGUUUAUUUAAAAUUGGCAAAAUUCUUUAAUUUAUUGUAGUUAACGAUUUUUUUAAAUAUUGUAAACAAACAGUAGUUUAAUUUGAUGUAGUUAAGUUAAUAUUCAUGUUUCUUUCCAUUGUUUUGACUUUUUGUACCGCUGUAACAAAUGUGAUUCUUAAUAAAAAAAAAAAACUAAAAUACAGACGAACUAGGACCUGAGUGUUGUUGUACAUGAGACCGGUACUAGAGUAGUGUCUCCCGGUGUACUGCCCAAUCACCACCAGACUGACCCUACUCGAAUUAAGUCAUCAUACUUCAUUGGUUAUUCUUGGUUUUCACACAGAACUAUAUCCAUUCCAAUCCAUUUCAUAAUAUGAUCGAUAACACUUUGUAAAACCUGAGACAACUGUACAUAGUUGUCUCAGGUAAAACGUAGACGGGUGAGGCUCAAACAUUAUUGAUAACGUGACCGCGACGUAACGUCAUUGUAAUGUUUCUCAACCUCAUUAUAAUCAAUGGGCGGUUACUUAAGAAACAGAGUGUGAUGUUCGUAUAUUUUUUAUGUCUAUGUCAAUAAAUAUUAUCAAGUAAGAAGUAAAAUUUAUCAUAUUCCAUAUAUAAUUAUUUUAUUGUAAAUAUAUGUUAUUUAUCACUGUAUGGUUAUCGUGAAAUAAUGAUUAUAUGCAUUCAUUGAUUGGGCUAUUUAUAUUAUAAUCAUCGCAAUCACCAUUAUCCUCCUCAUUAUCAUCUCAUCAUUAUUAUUAUUAUUAUUUAAUAUUAUUAUCAUCUGAUCAUCAUUAAAAUCGUCAUCAUUAUUAAUAUUAUUUCUAAAUUAUUAUUUAUAAUGAUCAUAAAUAAUUAAUUAAUUACCAAUAAAUAUACAAAUAUAACUAUUUUAAUAAAAUCUGAUUCUUCAGCACUUCAAACUUAAACGCGACGUAGCAUUAUAUGAUGAAUAGAAAUCGAAAAUCAAUCACUAAAAUUAAAUUACCGUAGUGUAUCGAUAAUUAUAUUAAUUGUAUAUUUCCAAUGUCACUAAGAAAAUGGCUAGGCAGUCACAAUGGCUGAUAUGGAAGUAGAAAUAUACUGAAUAUUAUACUAGUUGAAUGGUAGUAUAUAGAUAUAGAACAAAAGUCAGAGGCAAUGAGUAUAUAUUAAUAGAUAUGCCUAAUAAUAAACAAUUAAAGAAUAUAACGACUUUGAAGUGGACGCGAAUAUGGGGAACAUUAAUUGGACUAUGAUGGGUGUCGAUGUAGCCCCACCGAGAAAGGAAGACUUCUACAAGAGAAAAAAAAAUAUCCAGGGACUAAUUAGUCGGAGAAACUAAGAUUACAGGAAAAAUGGGAGCGUCUGAGGUCAUGGUCUGAAUGCGGUUAGAACCAUUGUUAAUACGAUGAUGUUACAGAGAGACAACACAGCAAUCUAUUAGAUAGUAUAAUCAUACUCCAAGUAUAAAUGCACGCCAUCGUGUCGGAAUUCAAUAUUUCGACAUUAAUUAUGUCAUCAUCAGGAACAACAAUCUAUACAAUAUUAAUUAAGGUGUGGGCCUAAUUUCUACUACCAGCACCUUGACAAUUAAGGUUUAUGACCAUGAAAGAGGUUUAUGACCAUGACCGCGAGAAAAAUACGAAACGCUGUAAAAAGAAAAACAACGUAAUCCAAAAAUACAUUGGGUUAAAUACCAAAAUUGCAUACAUUAUAUAUUCAUAAACGGUUUAAUCGUUAAUACAAAACGUAAAAUAUUGACUACACUUUAAAAAAAAAAAAUAAGAACCAGUAAAAUUUUGCCCAGGCUCACUGUUCUUAUUUUUUGGCCGAUUUCAGGCUCAAAAUGUUCUUAUUUUGUUCUUACCUUACAUA